AAACAAUGUUGUUCUUAAAUGUAAACACGAAAGAUGGAGGAAGACGUUGGCUCACUUUUCUCCAGAAUUGCCUCUGCUGUUUUCUAUGGAGUGGCAUCUUUUAUGAUAAUUGUUGCCAACAAAUUAACGCUUACAUCUUACGGUUUUCCAUCUUUCCAGUUCCUGGCACUUGGUCAGAUGACCACAGGCAUUGUGGUUCUUUUCUUGGCAAAACUGGUUGGUUUAGUGGAUUUUCCUGGAUUUUCUUUUGGAAUAUUUGUUAAAAUAUGGCCAUUGCCAAUGAUUUUUAUUGGCAACUUACUGUUCGGUCUUGGUGGAACCAAGAAGCUAAAUUUACCAAUGUUUACAAUUCUAAGAAGAUUUGCCAUUCUCUUUACAAUGAUUGCAGAAUAUUAUGUUUUAAAUGUAAAGGCACCAAGAGUGGUACAGUUUACAGUUUUUCUGAUGAUAUUUGGUGCUAUAGUUGCUGCCAGUGAUGACCUAACCUUUGACCUCACUGGUUAUAUCAUGAUUUUACUCAAUGAUGUUUGUACGGCAGCCAAUGGAGUGUACACCAAGAAAAAGCUGGAAGCAAAGGAUCUAGGGAAAUAUGGAUUAUUAUUUUAUAAUUCCCUCUUCAUGAUUUUACCAGUGUUUGCUUUUGCUUUUUUUAAUGGAGAAAUUGAAAAAGGUCUGGCUUUUAAAGACUGGGGAAAUCCCUGGUUUCUGCUACAGUUUUUGUUAUCCUGUACCCUAGGGUUCAUCCUGAACUAUGCCAUUGUUCUUUGCACUCAUCACAAUUCCGCACUCACCACAAAUAUUGUUGGUGUUUUAAAGAACCUUUUGGUGACAUACAUAGGAAUGUUUUUAGGAGGAGACUAUCAUUUUAGGUGGAUUAAUUUCAUUGGUGUAAAUAUAAGUGUGGCGGGAAGUAUUAUAUACAGUUAUGUGACCUUCAGGAAACCACCCACUGGAACUAUAGAAAUCAAGAAACCAGAUCAACCUGUACAAACAGUAUAGUAACUUAACUGAGGCUAUUUCUUAUGUACAUUACGCAUUUAUUUGAGUGUUGAUCUUCCAACAAAGGUAAUGUCACUAUACCCCUAUAAAAUCUUAAAUAAUCAUAAGUCAUCAACAAAAUGUUUUGCAUACUUAUAUCUCUAUCCAUUUUGAAUGCUGCCUAAAAAUUUCAUUUGGUAUAAUAUAAUGCUUUAAUAUAAUAAACACAAGAUUAGCUAGGUUUUGCCUAUCAUAAAAAAUGUCAAAAAGACAUCAGUAAUGAGAUGUUAUGAAGUGAUAAAUGAUCAAUAAACCCUAUUAAUUUUAUGUUUAAAUCUGGAUAUUUUUUAAAAAUAUGAUAAAUAUUUAUUGAAGAAAUUUUUAGGCAGCAGUCAUAAUAAGUAAAGCUAUAAGAGUUUAAAUUUUAGUUGAAAAUUCCAACUACUUAACACUUUAUAGUAACUGUGACAUUACUUUUGGAUCAGCCCUUGUAUGAUUGAUCAUUGAGGAGACGGAAUUGAUAUUUAGGUAUCUUGUGUUCAGUAGAAAAUUCUGAUUUACAAGUGGGUUAUCAUAAUACAGAAAUCCAUGCUUUACCGUCCAUGUGAAUACACUUGUUUCCAGAAAAAAAAAAUAAAGCGUUAUGAUAUGUUCUAAGAAAUUCAAUAACUGAAUUGACACAAUCUUGCUCUAUAGAAUCAGUGGAUUUAUGAAACUGCUUUGCAUAGAAACUAGCUACAUGUAUAAUUUUAUAAAUAUUUGUAGUGCAUCAUAGUAAACAAAAUUGUUCAGAAUGUUUACCAUACAUAUGCAAAAUACAAUUUUACAGCAAUUUAACUUCAUUAAUGCAUGUAUGUAUGAUUCUUUUAAUUUAUAUAAGAGAAUCUCUAUUUUGAAAUCCAUGUUUUCUAUAUGUUAUUAUAGCUUGUUUGACUUGCCAAGUACUUGAACACAAUUUGUCUGUCAUUUUGGCUACUGUAGAUCAAAUUUUUGUGAAACUUUAUUUUUGUGAGACGCAUUUUGUUCCUUAUUUUACCCAGAUAAUAUAUUGCAAAAUGACUCGUAGUCAGGAAAUACAAGGAACAUGGGUGCGCAGGUUUUCACAUACAGUGGACCUUCAGAUAUCCGGAUGCCAGAUAUCCAGAUGCUUCAGCACCGGGACGAUUUUUCAUUGGAACGGAUUUUUUUAAAGUUAUUUUGUUUUGUUAAAUUGGUACCGGUAAUUCAGGUAUCCGGACACUUCAUAUACCGGUCUCUUGACAAAUUGACAGGAAACCAAAUCGUCCGGAUAAACGAGGCUCCACUGUAUAUUUAAGGAAUAACAGUCCAAUGUUUGGUUUCAUGAUGUGAUCAUGAAAUUGGCUUUUGUGAUAAUUUACAUAUGAACACCAAAGGGGUUUAUAAGCAUAAAAUUAUCACACAAGUCAGUUUCUUGAUCAUCAUGAUCACAAAACCAAAACAUCUUGACAGUUAUUCCAUACAUUUACUUGUCCAGUUGAACUUUGGUAUCUCGAACACUGAAGUGUGGAGUAUCAUGACUAUGUUGAACUGAUUUUGAAGUUCCAACUACUUAUUCUUUAAGUAUUUUAAUUAUCCUUAAUAUCUCAUGUUAGAAUGAAAUUUUUGUGAGCAGAUGCUUUCAUAUAAUGGUCUCGCUAUAAUAAAGUUCUCACCAAUAAAGAUUGAGCAAUUUACAGUAUUCAUUUUUGAAACAUGUACUUAGUACUAAGUAUUUAGUACAUGUAAACAGACAGUAUAUACUUAUUAACUCAUAAAUUAAAUAACAUUGUGAUAUUAUAAGUUCUCUUUAACAUGGUAAUUAUUUUUUAUAUUCAGGUAACAUUGUUUUUUAUCUUGUGUAUCUGUUGUUAUGUUGUAUAUGUUAAGGAUAUACAGAUGGAUUUUUAUUUCUAUAUCAUUAAAUCUUUUUUUUUUUUGGUGCAGCCAGGCAAACAUUAAACAUUAGUGGGUAUUACAAUUAAGGAAUUUUUUAUUUUUAUUUGGAAUGGUGUUAGGGUUUAUGUGUUUGUUGACCAGAAUGUUUCAAUCCUUUUAUAUCAUAUUUAUGUUUUCAUAACCCUUGCUUGAAAAAGGAAUAUUUAAUACCACACAAAUAAAAUUUGAUACUUUCACAGAAUCUUUAUAACUUAGUGCCAUUGUGACUUCCGAUUUCACUUUUUGAUUGGACAGUUAUUUUGGGAUUCCCAUAGCAAAACAUUGACAAUGCUAUAAUACUCCCUCUUGUUUCAAGAGGUGUUGGGCUUCAAACUUGUAUAGUAAUUAUUAAACUUGAAAAGUUUUUUUUAUCUAAGAACAGCUAGUUUGUAUUUAAGGUAUACCUUUACUCAGAUGACCAAAAAUUCCACUGAUAAGAAUGAAAAACCACCUAUUGCACAUUGUACACCAAUGAUUCUUGUGUUAAAUUUCAAUUUCAAAUAACUAGGUCAAUGACCUACUUUUCAUGCUAGUGGCCCCUGAGUAUUUCUCGGGAAAUACCUAAAUUUUUCACAAUAUGACCAAUUUUUUUUUAUACACACAAAAUAUUACAAGCAACUAAACUCUUUAAAUAAUGAAAUAUUAUAGCAAUGGAACAGCCUUGCUUCAUAUAAAGAAAUGAUUGGAGUUUGGGCCAGAAAUGUGAUAAUUAUAACAGUCCAAAUUUCCUCUGUCAUAUUUAUAUUUUUUUCCCCAUUUUAAAUCGAAUAUUACAAAAAUCUGACUCAGAUAAGAACUCUAAACAAUCCAUAGCCUCAGAUUACUUUUGAUGCCCUAAUUCUCAUGGUAUUGAUAUCAUAUGGGGUCAAUGAUCAAAUUAUUGAGAUAUAUUGUCUGGAAUGGUUUUUGUACAUAUUUUUGAAUUUCUUUAUUUUGUAGCAUUCAAUUAUUUGAUAUAAUUUAUGAGCUUUAACACAUAUAAUAUUUGCA